CCUCCCUCAGGUCUCAUUCUGUGCCUGCGAACAUGGCGGCGCACGUUGUCACGGCCCCGGGCAGAGCUCUGCUGCGGGCGGGCGCUGGGCGGCAGCUGCGGGGAGGCGCCCGGGAGCUACUGCGGCCGCGACAUGAAGGGAAGUCCCCUGACCUGGCCUGCGACUUCAGCCUCUCUCAAAAUCGGGGCACGGUCAUCGUGGAGCGCUGGUGGAAGGUACCGCUGGCCGGGGAGGGCCGGAAGCCGCGCCUGCACCGGCGACAUCGCGUCUAUAAGCUGGUGGAGGACACGAAGCAUCGGCCCAAAGAAAACCUGGAGCUCAUCCUCACGCAGUCGGUGGAGAAUGUUGGAGUCCGGGGUGACCUGGUCUCAGUGAAGAAAUCUUUGGGCCGGAAUCGACUCCUUCUUCAGGGACUGGCUGUAUAUGCAUCCCCUGAAAACAAGAAGCUGUUUGAAGAGGAGAAAUUGCUGAGACAAGAAGGAAAAUUAGAGAAGAUCCAGACCAAGGCAGGUGAGGCGACAGUGAAAUUUCUAAAAAGCUGUCGCCUGGAGGUAGGGAUGAAGAACAAUGUCAAAUGGGAGCUGAACCCUGAAAUAGUUGCCCGCCACUUCUUCAAGAAUCUUGGUGUUGUGGUUGCCCCACAUACGUUAAAGUUACCAGAAGAGCCUAUCACACGGUGGGGCGAGUAUUGGUGUGAGGUGACGGUAAAUGGGCUUGAUACUGUGAGAGUGCCUAUGUCUGUUGUGAACUUUGAGAAGCCCAAGACCAAAAGAUAUAAGUACUGGUUAGCCCAGCAAGCUGCCAAGGCCAUGGCCCCCACCAGCCCCCAGAUCUAAAUCUCCUCUCCCUCCAAGGCAGCAAAGCAGAAUCAGGAGCAGUGGAGCAGAAAUGGGCAAGCACCCUGAUCUCACUCCCAGCUCUGACCAAAUACAGAAUUUUAGAGAACAUCUGAAGACAUCAGACUGCACUGCGUAUACAUGUUGAAUUCUUCAUUUUUGCCAUCUUUAUCUUUAACUGUCAUCACUGGGGCAGUCUUGUUCCAGAAGUACCAGGCCGUAGAUUUGAUAAGCUAGAUACAAUAGACCGAAACCAUCCCAAACCUGUUUAGCUUCUUCCUCCAUUGGAGUUUAUUGGGACAAACAGAAGAGCCAGCCAUUGUCUCCAGUACUUGCCUCAUUCUCAUCAUCCAAACUGAACAUUUGUAUCCCAAGCAGAAAUAAAGAGAUUAUGUUCUUUUUAA